CUGUACAUUUUUGUCUCGCAAUAUAUCUUUAUUAAUAAGCUGGGUCAUUAAUACAGGAAAUAAAGCUCCCCCGAGAUCGUUUACGAAACCGGUCUAUCGUUGAACUUGGCUGCGUUUUUUGUUGCAAAGUCGUCGAUGAAUAUAUUAAUUUUUUUCGUAGUCAUUGAAUUGAACAUUCGAUUCGCAGAAGAAUUCCAUGAUGCGAUUAAGCAACAACAACAACAACAACGAAAUAUUAGCAUAACGUAAACAUGUCGCGAAGUAACGUUUUAUGUCGAUCCUCGACAUCGAAAAAACAAAUGAAUUUAGAAAAAGUUUAUAUUUAUUGCGAGAAAUUAAAUUUCUAAUCUGCCCAAAGGACAAUUCUUUUACAUGUGUGUGUGUUUACUUGAUGAAAUCAACAUGUAUUUCGAUGUGCUAAGCAGAGCUUAUCUCGUUAAGUUUUCGCGAAUGAUGCUCGUAAAAAGUGCGCGUAAUGAAUGAAUCGGUACACUCUUAAGGGUUCGAGGGUGUUUCGGGGGUGGCUAAAUAUCUAUCCGCACGCGCGCGCGCGCGCGCACGCACUUAUACACUCACGCACAUACACCUCACACUUCACCCCUGACGAAAAAGAAUAACGGGGAGGAGGGGGAGGGGAGGGUAAUGGUAAAAGUUGGUAAAGACUCAAAGCGCUUUCACGCGUUUCGCGACCUCCUAAGAAGAAAAAGAGAGGCACGUCUGGGAAGUCCGUGGCUGAUGAUUCCACUACACAACUGGUUCACGCGAACGCGCAAGCAAAACGGCUAUCACAUCUUAUGACUCGAGAGAGGGAGAGUGAUGGAAGGGGCAAACACGUUUGUAUAAAUGCCAAUUUAAAAUACUUUCGCAAGGAGGUGGCAUUAAUUUUUUGGUGGCCAUCGCGAUGACGGCGGUGGGUUCACUCUUGGCCUAUUAAAAUAUCGUGACGGUUCGCCGUAAAUCUCCAUUGACGUACGUAGUACGGAUUAGAGACUCGGAGACCCGGACACGCUCCGUGCGGAGAUGCCAGAGAUUGCGACGAUAUCGGAAACGCAUCUCAUCUCGCGCGUUUCCGUGUUUCACUUCCAGUGCCGCAAGUGUGCCAAGUUCCGGACGGAAGAAUCGCCUGAUCGCGAGUCCCUUUAACUCGAUUAAUCGUAAUCGCCGCGAUUCGCGUUAAUUCACGUAUUCGCGCGCGUAUGCACGCAAUUUCGUGAUGACGGAUGAACGCGAUUUCAGACGGAGCUACGAACGUCAAUACGGGAAAAUGCGUGUUGCGUAAACGGUAAAGGGAAAGGCUUCGUUGAAAGUAAAGCCCCUUGCGCGUCUAUCGCGUAAUCGUCAUCGUCGUCAUCAUCGUCAUUCUCGCGAGAGGAUAAAUCGACUACGUACAUCGCCGGCUAUUCCUGCGGUGGACGGGAUUCCGCGAAGCACGCAGGACGCAGCCCGGUCUGUUGUCGUCUUUCCGCUAUAGGUGGACGCCGCGAUAUCGAGGUGUGACGUCGGCUAUCCGAGACGGGUAGCAAUGUUAAAUCCAUGUUUAAGGGAACAGCCGGCGGCGACGUCGGCGGUUGUGUGCGGUGGCGACGACGAGAGGGAACAACAUGCAGCUCGUGACGUCAAAGACGAGGUAUCCUCGAAAAAAAAAGAAGGAGCCGCGCCGCGACGAGUGAAGAAAUUCCUCCUGCUGGGGGCUCCGGGGCCCCAUCGAGGGGCUGCACAAGGUGCACGGAUAAUGGAGAAGGGGGAAUUAGUCACGUCUUCGUGUGUGCCACGGCACGCGCAAGCCCCCCCUAAAGUGGGGCAACACCACCCACGUGUUCAUUCGCGGGCAGGAUAAAAAAUCCUUCGGGCAAGCAGGGAAUCCUCAGUUUUGAGCAAACCAUUAAGCGAGACGAUCGGAACCGAGACGAAGAAGACGACAAACGGUUCCAAGUUUGCGCGAACAGCCUGCAAGAGACAUCGCGUGAUCCACCGAGUUCGUCUUUACGACCCUGUGAGACUCGGAAGACUCCUUGCGUCGUUGGAUCGACGAAUCCUCAUUGGAGGAUUAUCGUGUAGACGUCGUACGACCGACUCGAAACCGACGUGAGAUCAGGCACACAGGCGUCAAAAUUCAGGCUCGGAUAUUCAAAACCUCUGCGUGCGUUUCCAAACCCGAAGGAAACUCGACUCGAAGUCCGAAGGAUCCUCGACCAUCGCGGAACGAUCAACGGCUUUGCCACCGAUUGUCCACAGUUUAGCAAGGCUAUAGAAUUGCUUUCAAUCUCCGACGUUUGUUAUUUGUUCCGAUAUUUGUGAUUGCACGCGGCAAUCGGCGCAAUCGACCAGAAGGAAUACCUGGUCAUUGAUAAAACGUUUGUCGUUUUAUCGUCGCGGUAAGAGCCUUGAAACCAGACCGACACAGACGCAAUGGCGAUAGUCGACAUCAUCGAACUGUGCUUGUCCACCAUUCUCAUUUAUGUCAUCCUGUGCGCGCCGGUCGUCGAAGGUCGGAGCUUGAUGGGACGACAUCACCAUUCCCGGCUGGACUAUCACGAUCCGGAGCAAAUGUCGAUACCGCGGAAUCUACCUCGCCUCCAAGACAGUCUCGAGUAUCGCGACAAACGGGCGGCACAUAGGCGGCACGGAUAUCUUGCCAGUGCCCCUCUGGGCCAUUCCUCGGAACACGUGGAGAAGGUCUCGUCUCCUCAUCGGUACGGGCACGAGCACGAUUUGACAAACUACGAGUCCUCGCGACGAAGGAAGGAGGUGCGCAGAUACGACGAGGAAUCCUCCAACAGACUUGGCGCCAGGAGGAAGCGUCACAAUAAGCACGGUAGCACGGUAAAUUAUCGAAGAAUCACCGAGCAAGACAAGAAGGACCUACUGUUGAGCAGGCAGUACGAUCAAGAGCUGGAGUCCGGCGAGAACGGCGGUCUGCACGAAUCCUACGAGCUGGAGGUGAAGGAGGCGCAGAACAGCUCCAUCUGCAAUUAUACCGUAAAGUCGAUACCGGAUAUCCGUGGCAACAGAGUGCCGAAAGAUCUCGAGCACGUGAUGUGCAAUCACGCCGGCAGCAGCUGCCAGGGCGCCGGCUCCUACUGCUGCAUACAGACGUACAAGAACGUCGAGGUGUCGUACGGCGACAACGGCGACAGAGAGACCAUGAAGCUCUACGUGGGCUGCGUGUGCGCUCUUCAAGUGUUUAAUGGUCUGCAGGUGGUGGAGUCGCCGUUACGCAUUCACGAUUGACAUCUUCCUCUAUCAACUUUGACGUGAUCAACGACGGACGAUCGAGGAACGGUAUCUUUUUCUCCGAAAUCUCGAACCGCGCGCAAAUCGAAAGUUUCUCGACACGUUCUCCGAGAGGAGGGACCGUGGUCCGUGCGACGACGAUUCACGUCUCUCGGUGAGCGAGUGUAAAAACGUCUCGCCAUUGUCAAAGACGAUUGCAAUCGUGGCAAGAUUGCGCCUAGUGACGCGCGAAUACCAGGAAUUUAACAGAUUUACUCAAUGUUUGACGUUAGAAUGAUACGCGAAUGCGUGAUGUAACGUCGUAUACAAAACCUCACCUAGUAGGAAUAAGCAAUCAUCAUAUACAUGCUAUACAGCUAUUUAUAGAGCCUCGCGAUCAUGUUGUUGUCAAACAAUGUGCUAAAACUUGAAAUCGCGUCUGAUUGCUCGGAUGGCGUUAAGAGUUGCAGUCGCUCAAUUAUGCAUGCAAUUAUCAUCGUGUCUUCACAUCGCACGCGUCGCGUAGAUCGAUAAUAAUCGCGCGAGUGAUUCAUGAAUAUUGUUUAUCACGAUUGAUAUGCAACACGUGUCAUUAUUUAUUCUACAUAUGUAUGUCGCACAUGCCAUUUUACAUUUAUUUAUUUCCGCCACCGUAUGUUCUUCAUUUCUUUAUGUAUUUAUUUAUUACUUAUUUAUUUAUUUAUUUAUUUAUCUAUUUAGCUAUCUAUUUAAUUACUUGCUCAUUUAUUGCUGAUUUUUUAUUUAUACAACGAAAGAUCCUGCAUCUUCUUGUCAAGUGUGAUAUAUAAUAUUUCGUUUCGCGUCAGAAACGAACAAGAAGUAGCAAGCGCAUGCACGAUAAUUCUAAGUGGAGGUGAAAGCGUCUAACCGUCGAAUUUGCAUAGCGUAAUUGGCAGAUGACAAUCAAUAUUUACAGUUUGUCGACCAGAAUGUAACAUCUACAUAUAUAUAUAUAUAUAUGGAAAACUGUGUAACUUUCUGCACAACUUGGGCAGAUUUAUACUCUCUUAUCUGAUACGGACAAUUUAUACGAUUUUUUUAUACACAUGCGUAUGUAAUAAACGAUAAACAGUAUUAAUUUAAAACGCCGCCGUAACUCGGUGUUAAUCGUAAGAAAUUGUGAUUCCGUUUCUCACUGUAUACUGUAAGGAAUUGUACACAGUUGCAGUGUAACAUACGGAAAGUAACAGAAACAGUAUUAAAGAAAAAGAAUAUUUCUACAA